CUUACAAUUAAAAUCCUUUUGUAAAAAGGAUAAUAAUAUUUUCCCUCAUUAUAUUGUAACAAACAAAACGUAACUUGACGUGUCUGAACGUCGUGUACGCCUCAUGUCAUUUUAAGGUUUUUGUCGUGUAGAGAGAGAAAUACUUACGAAGUGGUGUUGUGAAUUUUUAAUAAAUUAUCUAAAACGUGCGGUUAUUUGUUACUUUUAUAAGAAUGAUAUCCUAAAAUGUAUUUGAAGUCUUUAUAUUUCAGGCUUUAUUUUUGUUAAAAACACUUUUUGUCUCAACAGCUGAUGUCAAACAUUUGGCAAUAAUCAUAAUAUUGUAACCAAGAUUAAAUAGUUUCCAAGAUGGUUUUAGCGGAUUUAGGUCGCAAGAUUACUACUGCUUUGCAGUCUUUAAGCAGAGCUACCAUCAUAAAUGAAGAUGUUUUAAAUUCUAUGCUAAAACAAAUUUGCGCUGCUCUUCUGGAAGCUGAUGUGAAUAUUCGUUUAGUGAAGAAUCUCCGUGAAAAUGUUCGCGCGGUCAUCGACUUUGACGAAAUGGCUGGUGGUCUCAACAAAAGACGGAUGAUUCAGUCAGCAGUGUUUAAGGAACUGGUCAAGCUGGUGGAUCCAGGAGUGAAACCUUAUCAACCAAUCAAAGGCAAACCCAAUGUCAUCAUGUUUGUAGGUUUGCAAGGUUCAGGAAAGACCACCACUUGUACAAAACUGGCAUACCAUUACUUGAGAAAGAAUUGGAAAUCAUGUCUAGUCUGUGCUGACACAUUCAGAGCUGGUGCCUAUGAUCAGGUCAAACAGAAUUGUACAAAGGCCAGAAUACCUUUCUACGGAAGUUAUACAGAGGUUGAUCCAGUAGUGAUAGCAACUACUGGUGUGGAAAUGUUCAAGAAGGAAGGGUUUGAGAUGAUUAUUGUGGAUACUAGUGGUCGUCACAAACAGGAAGAAUCAUUGUUUGAAGAGAUGUUGGCUGUUGCUAAUGCCAUUAAACCAGAUAACAUAAUAUUUGUGAUGGAUGCAGCAAUUGGUCAGGCUUGUGAAGCCCAAGCCAGAGCAUUCAAAGAUAGGGUAGACAUUGGUUCAGUUAUCAUUACAAAAUUAGAUGGACAUGCCAAGGGAGGUGGUGCAUUGUCAGCUGUUGCUGCCACACAGAGUCCUAUCAUCUUCAUUGGUACUGGAGAACACAUUGAUGACCUGGAACCAUUUAAAACAAAACCUUUCAUCAAUAAACUACUUGGCAUGGGAGACAUUGAAGGUCUUUUGGAUAAAGUAAAUGAGCUCAAACUUGAUGAUAAUGAUGAAUUAUUAGAAAAACUCAAACAUGGACAGUUUUCAUUGCGUGCUAUGUAUGAACAGUUCCAGAACAUUAUGAAAAUGGGACCUUUUUCACAAAUUAUGGGCAUGAUCCCAGGAUUCUCUCAGGAUCUAAUGUCAAAAGGCAGUGAACAGGAAUCAAUGGCUAAACUGAAACGUCUUAUGACCAUUAUGGACUCUAUGAAUGAAGGAGAGCUUGAUCAUCGUGACGGCGCCAAGCUUUUCUCCAAACAACCCACCAGAAUCACACGAGUCGCACAAGGCGCGGGUGUCACAGAAAGAGAUGUUAAAGAUUUAAUUGCACAGUACACAAAGUUUGCAGCAGUUGUGAAAAAGAUGGGUGGUAUCAAAGGAUUAUUCAAAGGAGGUGACAUGGCAAAGAAUGUCAAUCAAACUCAAAUGGUCAAACUGAACCAACAGAUGGCAAAAAUGAUGGACCCACGCAUCUUACAGCAGAUGGGUGGCAUGACUGGGCUCCAUAACAUGAUGAGACAAUUGCAACAAGGCUCCAGUGGGAUGAAUAGUUUAAUGGGUGGCAAAUGACACUAGCUUUAGAUUCUGCCAUAAGCCAAUCCAAUGUUUGUAAUUAUUAAAAUGUAUUUUAACCAAUAAAGGUGGAUAAUUGUAUUUUUUUUCUGUUUAAGUA